GACUGACCAGGAAGUGAAUUGUACAUGCACUCCGACGACUAUAUUGGUCAUAAAUCUCCGGACUGUAUAUAUAACGCCUUGGUUAUUUUUUUCGUAGCAAAGUGUGCAAGGUUAUCCAGUGUUAGUUGAUUAUUUUCUGUUAGAAACGCAUCAAUGAGCAAUAGAAGCCAUACGUGUCUGAUAAUGACCAGUCUGGCCUCAGUAGUCUUCCUUAUGAUGGUGUUGUACGGCGUCUUCAGCCCCCAGCAGGCUAGCCGCUCCAUCCUCAGUCAGGACUACCAGCUGCUUGGAAGGCCGUUGUACAAACUGGACCUGAGCUGGCCCAAAAACCCUGAACUGUUCACUGGGAAUGUAUUUGGAGUGGCUGUCAACCAGUAUGCGGGUGUGGUCUAUGUGGCACAGAGAGGUGAUAGUGUGCCCAAGGUGCUGGUGUUCACAUCAGAGGGUGACUUCCUCAUGUCCUGGAACACAACCACCUUAGAGAUGCCCCAUGGUAUAUUUUUAGCAGAUGCCUUGUCAAACCCAACUAUCUGGAUCACAGAUGUGGGGAAUGGGCCGUAUGGCCACUGCAUCAAGCAGUACUCGCCAUCAGGGAAGCUUCUGCAGGUGCUUGGUACACCGGGCAAGGCCGGCUCUGGGCUCAACCCUUUGCAGUUUGACCAGCCAGCUGAGAUCUUCGUCCAGGAAUCUGGAGAAAUGUACAUAGUGGACGGUGACGGUGGGAUGAACAAUCGACUCAUUAAAUUGUCUAAAGACCAGGAAGUGUUGUGGGUGCAUGGAGAAAAAGGACAGGGGCUCGCUCAGUUCUACAUCCCCCAUAGUGUAACUGUGGAUAACGCUCAGAGGGUGUGGGUGGCUGACAGGGGUAACAAGAGGAUCCAGGUCUUCAACUCCCUUACAGGGGACUGGCUGGGGUCGUGGGGAAGCUGCUUCACUGAGGAUGCACCCUACUCAGUCCGCCUGACCCCUAAUAAGAAGUACUUUGUUGUUGUCCAGCUCAACACCAAUCAAAUUUCACUACUUGAUGCCCCCCCGGUGGGUUUAAUUGGCCAGUGCAGGGUGGUCAGUGUGAUUCAAAUGGCUGAUGACGUGAAGCCGCAUCUGGUCGACUUGGAUCUAAAAUCAGGGGUGUUGUAUGUGGCUGAGAUUGGAGCCCAGCAGGCGCAGAAGUUCAUCCCUUUCAGUCUCGGUGGGGGCUUUUUAUAGAUAAAACAUGAACUGUGAAUCAAAAGCAUUGCCAAAUAAUUACAAGAAUGGGCUGCUAAUUUCCAUACAUUGGAGCCUUUAAGGUCAAAUGCUAUCUGUGUUGGGAUCGCCGGUCAACCUCCAGUGUGUUCACGUUUCAAAACGUUUUCUUUCUGAAGGAAAUAUUCGAAUGAAUACAGAUGAAGUUGUUAUCAUAAUGUAUAACGUCUUGCAAUGUGUCACAAAUUGUGUGAAUUUAACAGCACAUUUUCAACCAAGUUUUGGUUACAUUCCAAAUUGUACAACCCUUAGGGCAGGGGUGUUCAAACUUUUUCCACCGAGGGACGCAUACUGAAAAAUCAAAAGUUGCAGGGUACCACUUUGAUUUUUUUAUAUACCGGUAUAUGUUUUAUAUAUAUAAAGGCUAUGAAAAAUGAUAUAUAUACUGUACAUAUAUAUAUAUAUAUAUCAGGAAAAAGCUUUGUGUUAUUAUUAGUUGGGUUGUCCCUAUCCAAUAUUGAUAUCGGAUAUUGGGCCGAUAUCAGCAAAAGAAACCGAGUAUCAGAUUAUGUCAGGAUGCAUCUAAAAUCUCCGAUAUUAGCACUUCAAUACAAGCAGGUGAUUCCAGACUCCGCCCCAGCACGUCCAUCCAGCAGCGGCCGGAUAGAGCCCACGUGACGUCGGCCGUGUGUAUUUUCCUUAAAGCUUCGCUGCAGCUGAGUGUGAAACUGGUCAUGCACAAGUUUCCCGUGGUGGCACAGAACUAGGAAAGUUUAAUACGACCAAUCUCAUCGGAAGUGAAAAGGGACACCCCUAAUUAUUGGUUAUUAGUGUCAGCACUUCAGCUUUUCGCACUCACAUUGUGACCUUUUGUUCUGUUUUUGGAAUUUUUGUUGAUUGUUUUAAAAAUGUUAUUUCUACAUUGUGGAAUGGGCCAAUAAAAAAACAGGCCACAGACCGCACUUUGGACACCCCUACCUUAGGGAAUUUGAAUUUUGAGGUUCAAGUGUCUGGCGUAUGUUCCAAUAUAAAAACCUGCUUGGAGGUAUUGACCUGAUUCUGCAAUACUUGGAAAUAAAUAUUAUGUAAACAUUGUCUGCUUACCUUGCCCUAAAUAGGGUCACAUUCUGACAAAACAAUUGCGGUCAUAUCAUUGGCAUGAAUAUCAUUCAUUUUCAUUCCUUCAUUUAUUUGAGCCGUUCUUGGGAUUGGUUAUAAAAUGUAUAUCUCCAAUCAUUUCGAACAGUUCGAUUUUAUUAUUAUAAUAGAUUGAUGUUCUCUAAUUUACACAGGGUUGAAUUGAUACAUACAGGUGUAAACAUCUACAGUGUGGAUAGGACGUUGAUUGAUUUGCAUUGCCGUAGUCAGAAAGCAGCUACUGCCAUUGGGACGUGCAAUAAGUCAGGCCUGUCUGUUGUUGAGCCUUAGAAAAUGUUUGCCUGAAAGUGUGUUAUUCAUUAUGCACCAUCUGCUUCGGUGGAUUGUACAUUUAAAUGGAAUUGUCAUAUUUGGAGGUGUUUGAAAUCAUUCACCGUGUAAAUCGCUAAUGCUAAUCGCAAGCGUGUGUAUGGGUUUUUUCAUGUAAAUUAGCAUCGAGCUAGUGUUUUUGUUUUAAUGCAUUUCGUUUAUGUUGAAUGUCACAGAUAAAUUAUUUGUGUCCUGUGUAGGUCAAAAUUCCCAUGCUUUAUUUGUGAAUGUUAAGUUUUCAAAGUAAAGGCUCUGAUAUGGAA